AUGGUGGUGUUGGCGAGACAGGCGGGGGGAAGGGGGGAGGAGGAGUUAAGGGGGGGGGAGGAGGAGGAGGCAGUGGAGGAGGAGGGGGAGGAGGAGGAGGAGGAGGAGGAGGAGGAGGAGGAGGAGGAGGAGGAGGAGGAGGAGGAGGAGGAGGAGGAGGAGGAGGAGAAGGAAGAUGAAUGGGAGGAAGAAGGGUGUGUGGUGCAUGGAGGUGGUGGGAGGUGUGAGAGUAGAGGGGCUUAUGGCGAUGUCGCACCCCCGUCGCCCCCCGUCCCCUCCCCGUCGCGUCCCCCGUCGCCCUCUACGUCGUGCCCCCGUCACCCCCCGUCCCCUCCCCGUCGCCUCCCUUCCCUUUCCCGUCGCAUUCCCGUCACCUCUCGUCUCAUCCCUGUCGUGUCCCCGUCACCUCCCAUCCCCCUCCGAAUCGCGCCCCCGUCGCCCCCCGUCGCCCUCCGUCCCCUUCCCGUCGCGUCCCCGUCGCCCUCCGCGUCGUGCCCCCGUCACCUCCCGUCCCCUCCCCGUCGCGUCCUCAUCGCCCACCGCGUUUCGUCCCCAUCGCCCUCGGGUUUGCGUCCCCGUCUCCUCCCGUCCCCAUCCCGUCGCCUCCCCGCACCCUGUGCCUGCCGCCCCACCUGA